GCCGCACUAGGCGCUAGGCGGUGAGAUAAGGCGCCGAGAGAAAGUCGCGAGCUGCGCUUCUCGCUGUCUCCACAUUGCACUCUCGUCUUCCUCACUCACUCCCUCCUCGCGUGCUUCUGUGCGACGACCGAUCCAUGGAGAAGGCGGCGUCCUUCCUCUCCUCCCUCCUCGGCGGUGGCGGCGGGGGCGAGGAGCCGUCCGGAGAGCCGGCGGCGACGGUGGCGUCCAUCCUCAUAUACCCCGUCAAGUCCUGCAGGGGCGUCUCCGUGCCGCAGGCCCCCGUCACCUCCACAGGGUUCAGGUGGGAUCGGCAGUGGUCGGUGGUGAACGGCAAGGGCAGGGCCCUCACGCAGCGGGUGGAGCCCAAGAUGGCGCUUGUCGAGGUGGAGUUGCCGCCGGAGGCCUUCGACGAGGAGUGGCAGCCCGCCCUCGACUCCUACAUGGUUAUAAGAGCGCCUGGAAUGGACACGCUGAAGGUCCCUCUUGUUGCGGAACGCGCCACGCUCGAUGAUGUCUCCGUGUGGGAGUGGUCUGGUUCUGCCUAUGAUGAAGGAGCUGAAGCAGCCGAAUGGCUCUCCUCCUAUUUCGGGAAGCCAAGUCGCCUUGUGAGGUUUAAGGAAGAGUCCGAAAUCAGGCCGACUGAUCCAGAGUAUGCUCAAGGUUACAAGCUCAUGUUUACGGAUGUCUUCCCUUUCCUGAUGGCCUCCCAGGGCUCACUGGAUGCACUGAAUGAGAUUCUUAAGGAACCUGUACCGAUCAAUCGCUUCAGACCAAAUAUUUUAGUUGAUGGAUGCCACCCAUACUCGGAGGAUCUGUGGAAAACCAUAAAGAUAAACAAGCUGACAUUUGACGGGGUGAAGUUAUGCGACCGUUGCAAGGUGCCAACCGUUAAUCAAGAGAACGGAAUACUUGGCACCGAACCAGCAGAAACUAUGCUGACAUUCCGGUCCGGUGAAGUGAUCCGUCCGAGCCACAAGAAUAAACACAAGGUGUACUUUGGGCAAUAUCUGGUCUGCAAGGAAGCGGUAUCAGCAAAGGGAAAAGGGAGGAUCGUCAAGGUCGGCGACCCGGUUUACGUUCUUCAGACAUACCCUUCUUCGGACGAAGUUCCAGCCUGAGCAAGGGCAUGGUAGCACCUACCAUAUACUCCCUCCGUCCCAAAACAAGUGUCUCAACUUUAGUACUACUGUUACUAAAGUUGAGACAUUUUUGGGACGGGGGGAGUAUGUUUUAUGUGUGUUUCAAAGAGACGACCUGUUGGUUGAAUUUGUGCACACAUUGCGUAAAUUCAACUUUGCAAUAAAGUAAAUUCAGCUUAGCAAUAAAA